UUGACACCAUGAAGAUCCCAGUGCUUCCUGCUGUAGUUCUACUGUCUCUCCUGGCACUCCAGUCUGCCCAGGGGGCUGCCCUGGGUAGUUCUGAGGAAGACAACACCAUCGGUAAUUAUGCAGUAGGAUCUGAGGCUUUUAAGGCUGAUGAAUUCCUGAACUGGCACGCCCUCUUUGAGUCUAUCAAAAGGAAACUGCCUUUUCUCAACUGGGAUGCCUUUCCUAAGCUGAAAGGAUUGAGAAGUUCAACUCCUGAUGCCCAGUGACCAUGACCUCCACUGGAAAAGGGGACUCGUGUGGGAUCUGAUACCUAUCCUAAGACAACUCUUUCUUGUUUCAGUAACUCCAAUAAAAUGUUUUCCAUCCAA